GCCUCCAUUUGAAAAAAAAAAGUCGGGAGGACCAGGACAGGGCUUACAAAAAGGGACUGUGCUGGCCAAAAUGGGACAUAUGGUCCCCCUACCAGCUGCAGCUCUACCCACUAGCCUAAUCUGAUCCAUUUGCUCAGGCAGAUUUAAAUCAUCCAGCCCUGAGAUAGGGAUGCAGGUCUCUUCCCAUAGCUCUGUUACAAAGCAGCGAUCAUAGUGUUCCUAAAAUAAAGUGUCAGGGCAAACGCUAUUUGUCCACAAGAAGAAGACAGCUCGUGUAAGGGGAAGGAGUUCAGUGCAGCACAGCCCAGCAGCAGCAGCAGCUAUAGAAGCCGUCAGUGGACUCUGGUGUGCCUGGUGUGAGCCUUUAACCAUUUUAAUGUGACACAUGCAAGUGGCUUGGGUCUUUUUAAUUUUGUGUAGCUGAUCCCACAAGCUUUUUUAGCUUUGUUAAGAUGAUAAUUUUAUGGCUGACUGUUGAAAAGCCUGGUAUUAAAUAAUAACUGCUGUCUUUAUGCAUAUGAUCCAAAACUGAUUUAUUUACUGACUUAUUUACUACAUCUUCAGUUCAGGAGCCACAUGUUUCUCUAUGGCUGAAGCAGAAAAUCAGAAACAACUUCUCAGGCUGAUUCAAGAAGGCAGGCUAGACCUUUUCAAAGAGGAGUUGCAGAGAGAUGAGGAAAUGAGCAAGGAAGUGCGGCGGAAACACUAUGGGAAAUCUGGGGAUACUCUACUGCACUAUGCAGCCAGGCACGGUCACCUGAAUGUUCUGACCUAUUUAGUAGAAGCCUUGGAAAUGGACAUUGAAAUGUUUAAUAAUGAUUACAAAAGGCCCCUCCACGAAGCGGCUUCCAUGGGUCACAGGGAUUGUGUGUUGUAUCUGCUGGAUAAAGGUGCAAGGAUAGACUGCUUGAAAAAGGCAGACUGGACUCCUCUCAUGAUGGCUUGCACCAGGAAGAACGUGGAGGUGAUUAAAGAUCUCAUUGAGCAUGGAGCAAACCCAUUGUUAAAGAACAAAGAUGGCUGGAAUUGCUUCCAUAUAGCAAGUCGAGAGGGUGAUCCACAAAUCAUCCAGUACUUGCUUACUGUAUCUCCGAGCAGCUGGAACACAGAAAGCAAAAUAAAGAGAACUCCUCUGCACACGGCAGCAAUGCACGGCUGUUUUGACGUAGUGAAAGCACUUCUUGAGCGGUGCCCAUAUGAACCUGACAGCAGGGACAAAUGCGGAGUGACUCCCUUUAUGGACGCGAUACAGAACGGGCACAUUGACAUAGCCCAGCUACUUCUAGAAAAGCAUAAGGUCUGUUAUACCGCUGCAGAUGCUGUAGGUGCUCGGCCUUUGCACCAGGCAGCAGUCACGGCCCAGGACGAAGCCAUCCGGUUCCUUGUCUCUGAUCUCGGUGCCGAUGUCAAUGAGAGAGCAACAUCAAUCCAACUCACGGCGCUACAUUAUGCAGCCAAGGAAGGACAUACAAGUACCAUCCAAAUGCUCUUGUCCCUCGGCGCUGAUCUGCAUGCUAGAGAUGGGAAAAGUCGAUCUGCCCUGCACAUGGCCUGUGCAGGCCAGCACGCAGCCUGUGUGUGGCUUCUCCUGCAGGCUGGAUUGCAGGACUCUCUGGACGACACUGGAACAUUUGCACGGCAGCUUGCCAGGAAACCGGACGUCCUACAGCUUUUCAAGGGAAUAAAUGUUAGCGCUUGAAACUGACAGAGGAGAGAAUAAAAGUUUUUGUUUUCAGCA